AGCGCAGGAGAUUCAGUCGCGCGCACAGACGAGACUCAAGAUAAACGCGUUAACUAACCAUCACACACACAGAUAUACAAACACACACCCUCUCUCUCUCUCACACACACACACACCGCAGACGAGUCAGGAAUAUAAGCUAACCGAUCGACCAGAGGAGGAAAACACUGCAGCUCAAGCACAGCGGAUUAUUGAGUUAUUCCUGGCAGAAUUCAACAGGUCAGUGGAUCACUCCUCAGCAUCGGUUCAUCUGUGAUUCAGUCUCAGUGUGUAAGAUGGAGCCGCUUUUACCUGGAUUCAGAAACACACUCAAGCGUCAGGCAGCGUUUGAGCUGUUUGAGGACCCCAUGUCCCUGUUCUCCGGCUUCUGUCCUCUAGAGGAGGAGCAGGCGGCUCAGGAGGUCCCGUCCGGCCUGGACUGCUUCUCUCAGGAUGCUGGUGUGUGUUCAGUUCCUCUGCUGACGCCCUGCAGUAAAGCUGUGGUCAGUCAGGCUCUGAAGGACAGCUUUAGUGGAUUCUCCAAAGUCCAGCGCAUCUGCGGCAUCUCUGACAACCCGCGCAGAUGGACGAAGCAGCAGGUCCUGCAGUGGCUGUACUGGGCGUCCGGAGAGUUCAGCCUCACCAACAUCAGCUUCUUCAGCUUCGACAUGAGCGGACAGGAGCUCUGUGAGCUGGGCAAGGACAGGUUCCUGGAUCUGGCUCCGGAUUUCGUGGGGGAUAUUCUGUGGGAGCAUCUGGAGCAGAUGAUGAGAGGCUGUGUGGAGGACGAGGAGCUGAAGGUGUCUGACUGCAGCUGGCCCAGCAGUCUCAGUCUGGACGACUGCUCUCUGACGGCUCCGGAUCCUCACAGUAGUCUCCUGCGAGAGCUCUUCCAGACGUCUGAUGAUGCGGCUCUGCUAGCGUCCGCCGCGGAGCUCUCAGCCUGUGCUAAACCUCAGCUCAGCACGGUCAGCGUCCGCUACAGGAGCCACGAGUUCACCAAAAACACUCCACAGCUCCGUACGGCAGGCUCAUCCGGAGAGCAGGCGUCGCAGGAGAGCGUGGAGAGCGCAGAGGAGUGUGUGUUGCGCUCCUGGGGAAGCCACUCGUCGCUCGCGGACGCCCAGCGCGUGCCGUCCUACGACAGCUUCGAGGAGGAUCUGCUGCCGCUGGGCCUCCAGAAACACGGACGAUCCUUCAAAGACUACGUGCAGGAGAGAAACCAGACGCAGGAGACCGGCAGACCCGUCAUACCUGCAGCGGUGCUCGCCGGAUUCACUGGAAGUGGCCCCAUCCAGCUGUGGCAGUUCCUGCUGGAGCUGCUGACCGACUCCACCUGUCAGAGCAUCAUCAGCUGGACUGGAGACGGCUGGGAGUUCAAGCUCACCGACCCCGAUGAGGUGGCGCGGCGCUGGGGAAAGAGGAAGAACAAGCCCAAGAUGAACUACGAGAAGCUGAGCCGCGGCCUGCGCUACUAUUACGACAAGAACAUCAUCCACAAGACCUCGGGCAAGCGCUACGUCUACCGCUUCGUCUGCGACCUGCAGAACCUGCUGGGCUACACCGUGGAGGAGCUGCACGGCCUGCUGGGAGUUCAGCCGGACAGCGAGGACUGAGCGUGCGUGUGUGUGUGUGUGUGUUUCUGCGGGCCGCUGCAGGCCUGUGUUUAAGGCUGAUGCCGGAGCGAGUGUGUCUCCAGCACUGAGAACGGCCACACUUUGAGCCGCUCACACACUCUGCACUGAUCUGAGGACAGUGUGUGUGUGUGUGUGUGUGUGUGUGUUUGAGACGAGCGCUGCACUCUGCUUUAUUGAGCGCUGGAUCUUCAGUGCUUCUCACAUGUGUGUGACGCUGUCUCUCUCUCUCUCUCUCUGUGUGUGUGUGUGUGUGUGUGUGUUUGAGACGAGCGCUGCACUCUGCUUUAUUGAGCGCUGGAUCUUCAGUGUUUCUCACAUGUGUGUGACGCUGUCUCUCUCUCUCUCUCUCUGUGUGUGUGUGUGUGUGUGUGUGUUUGAGACGAGCGCUGGAUCUUCAGUGUUUCUCACAUGUGUGUGACGCUCUCUCUCUCUCUCUCUGUGUGUGUGUGUGUGUGUGUGUGUGUGUUUGAGACGAGCGCUGCACUCUGCUUUAUUGAGCGCUGGAUCUUCAGUGUUUCUCACAUGUGUGUGACGCUCUCUCUCUCUCUCUCUCUCUCUCUGUGUCUGUGUGUGUGUGUGUUUUCUGAUGAUCUCUGUGUAUUUAUUGCGCUCGCGCUGCUGUGUGGAGGACGGUUUCGCUCAGGCCAAAGGGACGUGGAGAAUCCCGACUGAAUGUUUACUUUACCAAAGCUUCAGUGAUGAAGAUGAUGAUGAUGAUGAUGAUGAUGGUGGUCUCUCCAUCAGGAGCAGAACUCUGUGUUUCACUCCAGACUCCUGGAGCUUUAUUCUGAUCGUGUACGCAGUGAGCUCUGCGUCUGUGUGUGUGUGUGUGUGUGUGUGUGUUUAUAUGUCUGUACGGGCUGUUUUCUACAGAGAGCUGCUCUCGGAGCAGGUUUAUUUUCCCCACGCCGGAGAUGGAUUUUCCCAGAGCGCUCGUUCAGCUUUAUUACUGAAGCUCCAUGGCUGAGCUUUGUGCUGGACGUCCUCUGAGGACUGCUUUACUGGACUCUUGAUGAUGACAAUCUGCCCAGACACACAGCUUUAUGUCUGUCACACACUGCCAACACUUCCAUAUCGCUCACACAGCCCCAUAAUAAACGAUACUGAACUGA